AUGAAUCGUUCCAUCUGCUCACUGAAUGCGAUGGGAAAUGCAAUAUUCCCGUGUAGGUGUUUUGGAUUUCCAUCCGAUCGCUAUGAACUGCUAAUUGAUAACAUUCCAAUCUUCCGAUUUUCGGUUGUCACAGGGAAAAAGUUCUGGAAGAUCCCGGAAAACCCAAUUAUUUGUCAACCGCUCGUGGUAGAAUUCGAUUUCAGCAUUCCCUGUAACAGGCUGAACUUGUCGCUGCAUUUACAGUACGCUCCAUCUACUACAGUAAGUGCCACACAAACCGAUGACUUGAAAUUUAAGACUGUGGCUGAGAUGCCGCUGAGAAAAAAACUAAUACUUCCCUGUCAUCACUUAUGUUUUCCUGGAAUCUAUAGAAUUACCGUGGUAAAUGAUAAAUGGAUUGUGCAGGAAAGUAAAGCGAUUAAACUACAGCAAACGAACGAAAUUUCAAUUAACCUACCAAGGUCAUAUAUCUUUCCUCGUUGUUUCGAUUACUUAAAGAUAACCUGGACCAAUUUAUCAUGCCUAGUCCAAGAUUUGGAAUUUAAAAUGCGUGUUUUCGCUGUUCCGGUAGGUUCCACUUCCGAACAGUUAUACUAUAUGGAAGAAUACGAUAUCGGUUAG